AACUAUAGAUUUGUAAUUUUAUCGAAAGUAAUACAAAAAAAAAGAGCAUAAAUUUUAAAAUAUUAACAAUGUAUUUUCAUAGCUAUUACUAAAAAUAAGCUCCAGGCUGUUUGUAAAUUGAAUUUUACACCUAUUUUCCUUCGGGGCGUAACUGACUCUAAAACUUCGUCUCGACCCAGGCAAUAAAAUAUCACAUUUGGUAUAUAUGUGUGCACAUAUUACAUAUAAAAUGUAUUUUACAUGUUUGGGUAGGGCAAACCCCUAAUCUAAUUAAUCACUAAACUACACAAACUCUAAACUAAACAUGAACUUACUAAGAAUAAAAGCUAUUCCAUAAAUUGUGAGACUAUAAAGUAAAAUAAAUAACAUGAUUUUUAGCAGCACAAAGGGAGAAAAACAAGAGUUUCUUAAUAGUUUCAUCUUUUGCGAAAGGUCGUUGCUUUUUUCAAUCUUGGUAAGGUUUUUUCUUUUCAUUUGAGAAAUUGUAAGAUAUGCUAUUCCUUUCGAUUUUAUGUGGCGAAACUUUUUUAUACAAUUCUUUUGAGCAGCGUAAGUAAUCUAGACUUUGUGUAAUUGUCUUUGAUGGAAUGUCCUGUGAUUUGUCUUUGAUUACGUUAAUGACAUAUUUUAGUUAAGGCCCUUCAUAAUGUCAUCAUUCCUGGAAAAUGGUCCAAUGAAAUGUCCUAUAAUGCGGAGUACGGAACAAUGAAAUGUUCCCAAAUGAAGUCAGUUCUUAAUCAAAAAAAAAAAAAAAAAAACAAAUUUUUGACAAGAAAAAUGAAAUAGAAUUGCUUAAGCUCCGAGGAUAACUUUAUACUUUGCUAAUUAGAGUUUAUUUCUGAAUAAAAAUUAAUCACGGAGAUAGUGCAAUCUGAUCGAGGCUCAUUGGGGUAAAUCCAAAAAAACGAAGCAUAUUGAUUAAUUUAUACGUAUACACAUGUAAACACUGUAUAAUCUAGUUAGUUUUAAAAGAAAUUCAUAUUACAAUAUUAGAAUACACAAUACAAUAAAACAAAUUACAAGAUACACGAAUCCACAACAAAAUCACGAAAGGAACCGAAAUGGAGAAUUUCCGGCGCACUCAGUAUAGGGAGGACGAUGACCUUACGGAAGGCACAGACUGGACGGAUGGUAGGACACGGCGUCAUUUCAUCAGUAAAGUCCUCGUGAUCAUUGGCUUUCAAAUGGCUUUUACAGCUGGAUGUACUGUAGGAGUCCUCUUCUGGCCUCUUGCAAUAAAUAUGUUCCAAAGGGAGAGGUAUUUGAUGCAUGUAGGCGGCGGUGGAAUGCUCGUCGGUAGUACCGUAAUAUUUUGUUGUAGACGACUAUCUCGAAAAGUGCCCAUCAAUUACUUUCUACUAAUUGUUUAUACUAUCUUCACUACGUUGAUGGUCUGCUCUGUUACCGUUUGCUAUGAAACAAAUUUGAUUUUAUAUGCAUUUGGAACGGUCGUACUAAUUUGUAUUUCCCUCACUAUAUUUGCAAUGUGCUUCCCAUGCGACUUUACUGGAUAUGGUCCAUUUCUAUGUGUGACGGGGUUGGCAACAUUUGCUGUUGGAAUCCUUGCUUUUGUAAUGGAUGAUCCCAUAGUGCAAAUGGUUUAUUUGGGCAUAAGCCUUCUUCUAUUUUCUUUAUACUUGGUGUAUGAUAUACAGUUAAUGGUCGGACGUCAUAAAAAUCAGUAUUGUGAAGAGGAUUAUAUCAUUGCUGCACUCAGCAUUUACUCUGAUAUCAUCCGAAUUUUCAUAACUUUAUUACAAUUAAUUGCCCAUAUUAGAUCAAGAAAUUAAAUCAAAUCUAUUUUUGUACAAGCAA